AUGAGUCGCGUCCCCCAGUCCGAUCAGAUGCGCGCAAGCGGUUCCGCGCGGCGCAAAGUCGCCCUCCCCCCCGGCCGCUCCCAGCUAGACUGGGUGCGUAAUUCCGGCCGUCUCCCACGCCCUUACCAGCGCCCAGUCUCCCUGCGCGAGCUGAGAGCCCACAAGAGCAAAGAGAGUGCGUGGAUGGCGAUUAACGGCCGUGUCUUUGACGUCACCCCGUACAUAGAGUAUCACCCCGGUGGUGUUGAAAUGAUGCUCAUGGGCGCAGGAAAGGAUGCGACUUCGCUGUUUAACAAGUAUCACUCGUGGGUUAAUCCUGAAUACAUGCUCGCGCGAUGCUACCUCGGCCCACUAGAUGCGAGCGAGAGGACGGGCAUGGAGACCGCUUCCGAAAGAAAGGUCGGUCCUCAUCGAGGUCUUGAGAGUGAUGACAAUAGCAAACAAUCAAAAGACGAAGCUUCAAGUAAGCGAAAACCUUCGUCUUCGCCAAAGCAGGCCAAAGCCUCAACGACAUCCCUGCCAGAGGUGUCCGAACAUUUCGACGCAUUGAACAUCGCAGAAUUGGAAGAAUAGCCCAUCGUCUACUUCAGCUGCUUCUAUCCCUGAGAUGACACGUGUGACCUAUUUUCUUGUCGCAUCUCGCACCUCUACUUCGCGGACACCCCCACUGCUAGAAUGAGCCCAUUUUCUGCAAUCGUCACUGGCAGCAACAUGACGUUGAGCGGAAACGGGAGCACAAACCCGCUCGAUACCUGCCAGUAGAUGCCUAGCAACGCGAGCAGCGUCCAAGCGGCCACCAGCAAGGGGUUGCCUUCAUUGAAGAUGUUCCUGUCGGCAUAGCCGUACCGCGUUAAAUACGCACAGACACCAGUGAUGAAUAGGGAGCUCCCCCGCAUCGCUGCGAAGACGCUUGUCACUGCGCGCAUGAGCACCCAUGAGGCGGACAUACCGACAUACCGGAAGCCAUACUUGUUUACAACCUGCAACAGGGUAUGGUUUUGUUGCGAGACAGAAGGAGAGGAAUUGUGAGCUUGAAGAAUGGUUAGUGUCAGGGCAGCUGCACAACAGCGCAUGGAACAAGUGGAAUUGAGGAACUUACGGGAAUCCACUUUUCAUAGUCGUCGGGAAGGGCGUACUCGAGCAUCUGUGUCGUAAACGGGGAGAAAAUUUUGUUGAGCACAUCGCCGAUAGCAGUCCCCAGGGUGAUGGCCUUCGCAAAUCGGACGCGUAAGGUAGCUAAUAUAGCGACGGUAGCCAUUGUC